UCACGUGACCCUGAGAGAGAGAGAGAAACACUGGGGUUUUAGAGAGAGAGAGAUUAUACAAAGAAAGUCACGACCUCAGAAAGCCGAAGCCACAACCAACAAAACCCAAAACCAAAAAAUCUCUCUCUUUUCUCUCAUUUUCCUACUUUCUUUCCUUUUCUACUCUCUACUAGCUAUUUCGAUCUCUCUCUGUCUCACUCACUGUCCCCUAAUACCUGUGGUGGUUGUGUCAUUGUAAGGAGAAGAGAAAAGUGAACUCAGAGGGAAAAAAAAAAAAAAGGGCCAAACAGAAAACAUUAAAAAAAAAAAGAAAAAAAAAGUGAAGGCAUCUAUCUAUAGUCCUGCCUCUGACCUCUCUUUGCACUCUUUUUGCAGUGAGUGUUCUCAGCUCUGAAACACUGUUUCAAUACUUUAGAGCGAGAAAGUUAGGAGAGAGAGUGAGAGAGAGAGAGAGUGAGAGAGAGUGUUUGUGUAUAUAAAGAAGAGUGCUUGAAAUGCAGCAGCACCUGAUGCAGAUGCAGCCCAUGAUGGCAGCCUAUUAUCCCAACAACGUCACCACUGAUCACAUUCAACAGUAUUUGGAUGAGAACAAGUCAUUGAUUCUGAAGAUUGUUGAGAGCCAGAAUUCUGGGAAAUUGAGUGAAUGUGCAGAGAACCAAGCGAGGCUGCAGCGCAACUUGAUGUACCUGGCUGCUAUUGCUGACUCUCAGCCUCAACCUCCUACAAUGCAUGCUCAGUACCCUUCUAGUAGCAUGAUGCAACCAGGAGCACACUACAUGCAGCACCAACAAGCGCAGCAGAUGACUCCGCAAUCACUCAUGGCCGCGCGCUCGUCCAUGUUGUACACGCAGCAGCCAUUCCCAGCUCUGCAACAACAAGCCCUGCAUGGUCAGCUAGGCAUGAGUUCGGGUGGGAGCUCGGGACUGCACAUGAUGCAAGGAGACAUUGGUAGUGCAGGAGGCAGUGGGCAACUGGGGGCUGGAGGGUUCCCCGAUUUUGGUCGUGGCUCUGCCGGAGAAGGCCUGCAUAGGGGGAUGGCUGGCGGGAGCAAGCAGGAUAUAGGAAGCUCCGGCUCUGCUGAAGGCCGAGGUGGAAGCUCGGGUGAUGGAGGCGAGACUCUCUACUUAAAAUCUGCGGACGACGGGAAUUAAGAGGUAAGAAUAAUGAACUUGCACCAUGUUAGAAGAGUUAGAGGGAGAAAGAUGAAGAGAAUUGGUAGGCAGGAGGGGAAAAAAAAACAAAAAAAAAAGCAAGAAAAACAAGAUGCUUGUCUGAAGGACUUGCACUAUCUUAUGUGUUAACAAUGAUGAGGGAUUAUCCUCGAACCUGAAGCGUUCUCUGUUUCUUUAGCUUUAGUAGUUUGAUAAUGCAGUUGUGGUAGUGUAUCUUGUAAAUUUGUAGCUUUACUAGCUUAUAUUCCUUAGUGUGCUUUGAUCCUGCUCAACUUUUUUUUUUUUUUUUUUUUUUUUUCUUUCAUCAUUUUUUUUUAAUCCUCCUUCAACAAGUUCAUUACAGACCUAUUGGUUGGAGACAGCUUCUGGGCUUUCUUAGUUAAACUACUGUGUUAAAGAAAUUAUGCUAAUCAGGUCAAUCAAGUUUUUGUUUA